AUGGAUAGCGGGUUCAACAUCAACGCAUUAAUAAGUGAGCAAGAAGAAAAUGACAACAGUACGCAAGAAAGUGGUCCAGAAUCACCUCCUCGUAACGAUAUGAAGAUGACUUCUACUUCCUCCCCAAAGAGAAGUAAGAAGGCCAUUCAAAAGAGAGUUGUGUCAGUGCCAAUCAAAGACUUGGAAGGCUCAAGGCUGAAGGGCGAAAAUGGUCCACCACCGUCUGAUUCUUGGGCUUGGAGAAAGUAUGGCCAAAAACCCAUCAAAGGCUCGCCUUACCCCAGAGGAUAUUAUAGGUGUAGUAGUUCAAAGGGUUGUCCAGCUAGAAAACAAGUAGAGAGGAGCAAAUUGGACCCAACAAUGCUAGUGGUCACCUACUCCUGUGAACACAACCACCCUUGGCCCCCUCCUUCUAGAAGUACCCACCACCACCACAGCAGCCACCAUAACUCCUCUCCAAAACACAACACCACCAAACCUGAAGUCUCCACAACCCAAGCUGAAAACCCAGAAACGCAACCCGAAGAAAAAUUCAAGGAUCUUGGAAACGACGGGUCGCUUAUAUCUAAUACGACAACUUCAGAUGAGUUUUCUUGGUUUGGUGAAAUGGAGACUACCUCUUCAACUAUACUUGAGACACCCAUUUUUGCAGUGGCAGAGGCGGAUGCUGACAUGGCAUCAAUGUUUUUCCCGAUGAGAGAGGAGGAUGAGUCGUUGUUUGCAGAUCUUGGAGAGUUGCCGGAGUGCUCUUCGGUAUUCAGGCACCACCGUAGUGGCGUUGGACCACAGGUUCAGAUCUGCUGA